UUUUUUUUUUUUUUGUUAAAAAACUUUUUGCAUUCAGCUCUAAUUUGAGAUUUUAAUAUUUUAUUAAAAUUUAUUUGAAAUUAAUUUGUAAAUGAAGUCGACAAAAUACAAUUAUAAUAAAUCUUUUGUUGAUGCAAUGCCUACACAACCGAGGUUCCACAAAAAUGUGAAUUCAUCAUCACAUCGGCAAUCUAAUGCAAUGAAGGAAAACACAUUCAUUACAAAUAUUGACAGUAGUAAUUGUAUUCGGCCAACUGGGGGAAAUAACCAAAAUAUUGGAUAUUUCUAUCAUCAAACGCAGCAAAUUGGUACUGGAAUAACCACCCACAGCAACAACAGUAGACAAAGAUUCGCGCCAUAUCCACCUUUUAAGCGUUCGUAUGCACACGCUUUAAUGCAACCCAUGAACAUUCGAUACUACAACUAUCAAUCCCAAAUUCAAAAACAACCAACAUUGAAUCAUGUGAAUGUUAUUGAUCAAAGUUCACUGAAUACGUCACCGAACGAGUUUAGUUAUAGUUCAAACCUUCAGCAAGGAAAUAUACAUCUUGGAGCAACAUCUAUAGCAAAUAUGAAUAUAUCCAGUAUGAACGCAAAUCGAAGUUCUCCGUAUGAGAACAAUUCAAAAGCAUGUGUAACAUUGCAGAUCAGUAAUUUAGACACCACCAUAGAAGAGAAUGUUUUAAAGCAAAAUUUAAUCAAUCGUUUAAAACCCAUUACGACUGUUUUAUCUAUUUAUUUUGAAAGUUUAUCCGUUGCAAAAAUAAAGUUGCCUUCUGAUCAUCAGGCACGUCAGGUUAUUGCGUACUUGCAUCGAAAGAAAAUUGGACACAAACGCAUAACAGUUUCUUUUACUCGUGAAUCAUCAACAUUAGAUUCGUCAACUCUGAGAUGUCAAGUUGCAGGGUUACUAAAGGACAUACCAAAUUACAAAUUGUCCAUGUAUAAAUUUCGUGAGCUGUUUCAAUCACGAUUCAAAACGUCAAUCAGUGUUGUUGACUUACACGAAAUGAAAGAAAUUUGCACAAUAAUUGGAAACAAAAAUGAAGAAUUUAUUACUCUACGACCAGAACUAAUCAAUUCUAUCGAAAAUAGUGAGCUUAUGGAAUGUUUUCAACAUAGCGUUCCCUAUUGCACACUGCAUUUUGUCAAAACUCAUCGUGGUUGGGCUGAACAAGAGAUCGAUCCCCUUCCUAAUGUUCAAAUGACGAUUUCUCAAGUGCGCGAUAUUAUUUUUGCUUUGCUUAAGAACCAUGAAAGUAUUAUCCCAGUUGCAAGCAUCGUUCAUUGCAUACAAUCGGAAUUGAGUAUAACUUUGGAAAGAAAUGAAAAUGGUGUUAAUUUUGAGCAUUUAAUCAGUUGUGUUCAAGGAAUUCAAAUUCAGUCGAAUAAGUUCAGUAUAAAAAUUUUAAGUUGGUCAAAUUCAAAUGAAAUGUCGCCAAAAAAUCGAGAAAUGAUGGCUGAAGAUGUUCUUGGCAACCGUUAUUCGAAAUAUAGUAAUACAACUGACUCAUUUACUCAAAUUUCACGGGAAAUCGUUGAAUUGAUCAAGUUAUCACCAAAGGCUACAUUAAAAUUCAGUCGUUUUAUCCCUGCUUAUCAUAAUCACUUUGGAAAACAGUGCCGUGUAGCGGAUUAUGGAUACACAAAGUUGAUUGAUCUCUUCGAAGCAUUGUCAUCAGUUGUACAAGUAAUGGGUGAAGGUGAAAAUCGUCAAAUUACCUUGACCCAUAAAGUGCAAAUGCAACGUUUUAAGACAGAUCUAUUGCGAAUUCUGAGAACUCAAUCAACCAAAUCAAUCCUAAUUUCGCAAAUGCCAAUGAUCUACGAACAGGUUCAGGGGAAAAAGUUCAAUAUAACAGAUUAUGGUAUAUGUGACAUCGAUGACAUUCUUGAUGCUCUGGUGAAUACGAAUGUUGUAGUUGUUACUUCAAUUCCACAUUUAAUGGACACAAUGAUAUCCAUUCCGAAACGAAAACAGUCUGCAGCUGAAGUUGAAAAGACUAGUAAUUUUGCGGGUGAAGUUUUGGAAUUGUUUAAACACGCAUCUCAAUAUACAAUUUUGUUUGAAAAGUUUGCUUGUUCAUAUCAUUAUCAUUUUGGUUACCAAUGUCGUUUAUCAGACUAUGGAUUUUUAAAACUAGCUGAUCUAAUGGAAUCUAUCGCUGGCAUUGUUGAGAUGGAGUUCUCCAAUGAGGAAGACAGGAAGAUUUUUUUAUCGCCAACAACAGCUCAACGAAUUUUUUCAGAACAAAUAAAAACUUUAGUUGAAUCAUAUUCUGGAACUAGUGACACAAUGAUAAACUUGCAUGAAAUUCUAAUAUAUCACAAGAAACAUUAUGGAUAUCAAAUAGUUCCACAAACCUUGGGCUUCGAUGAGUGGUCAAUUUGUAUAAAUUCUCUUCCGUAUAUAGAAGUUUUAACAUCCAAUGGAAUUAUAAGUAUUAAAUGUCAUCAUGAUGAUGAGCAUUUUCGUCAAAUGUCCUAUGCUGCAGUUCGUUUAUUACUUGAGAAUAAGCAAAAGAAAUUGACACAAUCAGAAUUUAUCCAAAUGUUCUCUGAAAAAUACAAUGAUGUUAUUGAUGAACAUUUAAUAAAAUCAAUGAAGCACGCUUUAAAAAUUCAUUGCACAAACAACUCAAAAUACGUAAAAAUGUCAGAAUUAAUGACUUUUGUUAUUGAUUUGAUGGACUUUAUAGAAGUUCGAGGAACUGUUAAAUUACAAGAUUUAUUCAACGGAAUGAAAUUGUCUAUUAAAGCAUGUUUUCCAUUUGGAUAUCCAAAUUUAACUACAUUUCUAUUAGCAUUCCCCGACAUAUUUGUGUUAACAUUGUCAAAGUCCAACAAUGUCCGGAAUGAGGUUACAGUAAAUUCGCAUUGUAUUCUAUCUAAAACAAACUAUCCAAGUGAUAAUAACAAUGAACUUGAAGCCGUCAAUUAUAAUAGAACGAAUGAAAACGAUUCACAUUUUUCUAGUAAGGCUAUGAUGGAUUUGAAGUCUUCUGUACAAAAUUCACAAUCCAAUGACAUUGAAAAAGUGAAUGAUAUAAGCGUAACUUUUGAUAGCUUAUUCAAUA